AGGUGAGGCAGCCUGGCCUAGCAGGCCCCACGCCACCGCUUCUGCCUCCAGGCCACCCGCUGCUGCGGGGCCACCAUGCUCCUGCCCAGGCCUGGAGACUGACCCGACCCCGGAACCACCUCCAGGCUCCGCCCUCACCUGCCGGACCCCAGGGUAAGGACCAGGGCCCCCAGACUCACAGUUCCAGCCCUGAGGACAGGGGUUCCCUCAUACCCCCACCCAGCCUAAUGCCCACCUCCUAAUGGAGGGGUUCCCGGGGACCUGAAGAGGGUGCACUGUGACGUCCCCCCAAGCACCUAGGUGUUCUGGCCUGCUCUUCCUUCAGACUCAGCGGUUGAACCCCAGUCCUUCCUCCCCAGACCCAGGAAUUCCAGCCCUCAGGCCCCUCCUCCCUCAUACUAAGGAGUCCUGGCCCCCAAAUUCCUCCUUUCCCAGGACUUAUGAUUUCAGGUCCUCAGCUGUCUCCUCCCUCAAACCCGAUCCUCAGUCCCCUGCUCCACUAGGCUUAGGCAUGGGGGUCCCCAGCCCUGCAAAUCCAGGCGUCCCCCCGCUGCUGGUCAGACACUGACCCCAUCCUUGAACCCAGCCCAAUCUGCGUCCGUGAUCACGGCGUGCUCUGGCCAAUGCCCAGUCCCUACAGCCUGCCUGGAUGGACGCCUGGGACUGGGGGCGCCAGGACUGGGCUGGGCUGGGCUCCCCCAGGCCCUGCCUCCCCGUCCAUCUCCUCACAGGUCCCACCCUGGCCCAGGAGGUCAGCCAGGGAAUCAUUAACAAGAGGCGGUGACAUGGCGCAGAAGGAGGGUGGCCGGACUGUGCCAUGCUGCUCCGGACCCAAGGUGGCAGCUCUCACUGCAGGGACCCUGCUACUUCUGACAGCCAUCGGGGCGGCAUCCUGGGCCAUUGUGGCUGUUCUCCUCAGGAGUGACCAGGAGCCGCUCUACCCAGUGCAGGUCAGCUCUGCGGACGCUCGGCUCAUGGUCUUUGACAAGACGGAAGGGACGUGGCGGCUGCUAUGCUCCUCACGCUCCAACACCAGGGUAGCCGGACUCAGCUGCGAGGAGAUGGGCUUCCUCAGGGCACUGACCCACUCCGAGUUGGACGUGCGAACGGCGGGCGCCAACGGCACGUCAGGCUUCUUCUGUGUGGAUGAGGGGAGGCUGCCACACACCCAGAGGCUGCUGGAGGUCAUCUCCGUGUGUGACUGUCCCAGAGGCCGUUUCUUGGCCACCGUCUGCCAAGACUGUGGCCGCAGGAAGCUGCCCGUGGACCGCAUCGUGGGAGGCCGGGACACCAGCUUGGGCCGGUGGCCCUGGCAAGUCAGCCUUCGCUAUGAUGGAGCACACCUCUGCGGGGGGUCCCUGCUCUCCGGGGACUGGGUGCUGACAGCUGCCCACUGCUUCCCGGAGCGGAACCGGGUCCUGUCCCGAUGGCGAGUGUUUGCCGGUGCCGUGGCCCAGGCCUCUCCCCACGGCCUGCAGCUGGGGGUGCAGGCUGUGGUCUACCACGGGGGCUAUCUUCCCUUUCGGGACCCCAACAGCGAGGAGAACAGCAAUGAUAUUGCCCUGGUCCACCUCUCCAGUCCCCUGCCCCUCACAGAAUACAUCCAGCCUGUGUGCCUCCCAGCUGCUGGCCAGGCCCUGGUGGAUGGCAAGAUCUGUACCGUGACGGGCUGGGGCAACACGCAGUACUAUGGCCAACAGGCCGGGGUACUCCAGGAGGCUCGAGUCCCCAUAAUCAGCAAUGAUGUCUGCAAUGGCGCUGACUUCUAUGGAAACCAGAUCAAGCCCAAGAUGUUCUGUGCUGGCUACCCCGAGGGUGGCAUUGAUGCCUGCCAGGGUGACAGCGGUGGUCCCUUUGUGUGUGAGGACAGCAUCUCUCGGACGCCACGUUGGCGGCUGUGUGGCAUUGUGAGCUGGGGCACUGGCUGUGCCCUGGCCCAGAAGCCAGGCGUCUACACCAAAGUCAGUGACUUCCGGGAGUGGAUCUUCCAGGCCAUAAAGACUCACUCCGAAGCCAGCGGCAUGGUGACCCAGCUCUGACCGGUGGCUUCUCGCUGCGCAGCCUCCAGGGCCCGAGGUGAUCUUGGUGGUGGGAUCCACGCUGGGCCUAGGAUGGGACAUUUUUCUUCUUGGGCCCGGUCCACAGGUCCAAGGACACCCUCCCUCCAGGGUCCUUUCUUCCACAGUGGCGGGCCCACUCAGCCCCGAGACCACCCGACCUCACCCUCCUGACCCCCGUGUAAAUAUUGUUCUGCUGUCUGGGACUCCUCUCUAGGUGCCCCUGAUGACGGGAUGCUCUUUAAAUAAUAAAGAUGGUUUUGAUUAA